AUGGACCCAAGAAGAGAAUUCUUCGAUUUCAACCAAUUCUUGGGUAACGGCUCCCUAAAUGAAAUUCUAGAUAUUCUGUGCGAAGAUGAAGAAGGGUCUGGUAAAUGUCCGAUGCCAGAAUUAAUUUUUAUAGCCCCUCCUGAUCUAGCUAUUUUGACGGACGAGGAUUCAGAUGACGAAGAUAGUGGUGGAAGAGCCGAGAACUUGAAUGCUCGACAGUUAACAGCUGAUGCGGAGGUAAGGUUUGAGAAACGAUACCAAACGCACAGACACACUCUUCGUUUUGACGAUCUUUGUGGCAGAUGGUUGAGAACGUGGAUCCAUGGAAACUUAGAACCAUUUUUGGGAUCAUUUCCAGAGAUUGCAACUGACAUUGAUAGUCAAUCAGCCGUGGAUUUGUUUGAGCUUUUUAUUGAUGACGACAUUAUUGACAUGUUUAUCCUGCAAUCAAACCGCUAUGUCUUAUGGAAAAACUGCCCUGAUAUUAAGAUCACAGCUGCUGAAAUGCGAUGCUUUUUUGGAAUUUUCAUUUUGAGUGGGUAUUCGCCUAAUGCUAACAGACGGCUUUAUUGGAGCACGGAGAUAGAUAACCGCAAUGAGCUUAUUUGCAACUCUAUGCGGUGCAACAGAUUUGAGGAGAUAAUGCGAUUCAUGCAUUGUGUUGAUAAUAAUGAAUUAGAAUUGAAUGACAGAAUGUGGAAGUUGCACCAAGUCAUUUAG